AUAGGCUAUUCUGAAAUUCUCUUUAUUUCUCUGCUUUUUUAAUGUUUUAUAACAAUGCAUGGUUCUAUAAUGGUAUUCUUUUUCUCUUUAUAGUAAGCUGUGCUAGAACAAAAAUGCAAUGAAAGAAACACUGGAUGAAUGAAAAGCCCUGCUUUGCAAUCCCUCAGCAUGGCAGGACUGCAGCUCAUGACCCCUGCUUCCUCACCAAUGGGUCCUUUUUUUGGACUACCAUGGCAACAAGAAGCAAUUCAUGAUAACAUUUACACCCCAAGAAAAUAUCAGGUUGAACUGCUUGAAGCAGCUCUGGAUCAUAAUACAAUAGUCUGUUUAAACACUGGCUCAGGGAAGACAUUUAUUGCAGUACUACUCACUAAAGAGCUGUCCUAUCAGAUCAGGGGAAAUUUCAACAGAAAUGGAAAAAGGACGGUGUUCUUGGUCAACUCUGCAAACCAAGUUGCUCAGCAAGCAUCAGCUGUCAGAACACAUUCAGAUCUCAAGGUUGGAGAAUAUUCAAGCUUAGAAAUAAGUGCAUCCUGGACAAAGGAGAAAUGGAACCAAGAGUUUUUUAAACAUCAGGUUCUGGUUAUGACCUGCCAAGUCGCCUUGAAUGUUUUAAAAAAUGAUUACUUAUCUCUGUCCAGCAUUAACCUGUUGGUAUUUGACGAGUGUCAUCUUGCAAUCCUGGACCAUCCCUAUCGAGAAAUUAUGAAGAUCUGUGAAGAUUGUCCAUCGUGUCCACGAAUUUUGGGAUUAACUGCUUCUAUUUUGAAUGGGAAGUGUGAUCCUGCAGAAUUGGAGGAGAAGAUACAGAAACUGGAGAAAAUCCUUAAGAGUAAUGCUGAAACUGCAACUGAUUUGGUAGUCUUAGAUAGAUAUACUUCUCAGCCAUGUGAGAUUGUGGUAGAUUGUGGACCAUAUACCGACACUAGUGGGCUCUAUGAAAGGCUGCUAAAGGAAUUGGAUGAAGCACUUAAUUUUCUCAAUGACUGCAACAUAUCUGUGCAUUCAAAAGAAAAAGAUUCUAUAUUAAUUUCUAAACAGAUUCUUUCAGACUGCCGAGCAGUAUUGGUGGUUCUGGGACCCUGGUGUACAGAUAAGGUAGCUGGAAUGAUGGUAAGAGAACUUCAGAAAUAUAUCAAACAUGAACAAGAGGAGCUGCACAGGAAAUUUUUAUUGUUUACAGACACUUUCCUAAGGAAAAUACAUGCACUCUGUGAAGAGCACUUCUCACCUGCCUCACUUGACCUGAAAUUUGUAACCCCGAAAGUAAUAAAACUGCUUGAAAUUUUACGUAAAUAUAAACCAUAUGAGCGGCAGCAGUUUGAAAGCGUUGAAUGGUAUAAUAAUAGGAAUCAAGAUAAUUAUGUGUCUUGGAGUGAUUCUGAAGAUGAUGAUGAGGAUGAAGAAAUUGAAGAAAAAGAGAAGCCAGAGACAAAUUUUCCCUCUCCAUUUACCAAUAUCUUAUGUGGAAUUAUUUUUGUGGAGAGAAGAUAUACAGCAGUUGUUUUAAACAGAUUGAUAAAGGAAGCUGGCAAGCAAGAUCCAGAGCUGGCUUAUAUUAGCAGCAAUUUUAUAACUGGACAUGGCAUUGGAAAGAAUCAGCCUCGUAAUAAACAAAUGGAAGUGGAGUUCAGAAAACAGGAAGAGGUACUUAGGAAAUUUAGGGCACAUGAGACCAACCUACUUAUUGCAACUAGUAUUGUAGAAGAGGGUGUUGACAUACCAAAAUGCAACCUGGUAGUUCGCUUUGAUUUGCCUACUGAAUAUCGAUCUUAUGUACAGUCUAAGGGAAGAGCAAGGGCACCCAUCUCUAAUUAUAUCAUGUUAGCUGAUUCAGACAAAAUAAAAAGUUUUGAAGAUGAUCUUAAAACUUACAAAGCUAUUGAAAAGAUCUUAAGAAACAAAUGUUCCAAAUCAGUUGAUACUGGUGAGACUGAAACUGAACCUAUUGUGGAUGAUGAUGAUAUUUUCCCACCCUAUGUUUUGAGGCCAGAUGAUGGAAGUCCAAGAGUCACAAUUAAUACAGCCAUCGGACACAUCAAUAGAUACUGUGCAAGAUUACCAAGUGAUCCGUUUACUCAUCUAGCUCCUAAAUGCAAGACCCGAGAAUUGCCAGACGGUACAUUUUACUCAACUCUCUAUCUGCCAAUUAACUCGCCUCUCCGAGCUGCCAUUGUUGGUCCACAAAUGAAUUGUGCAAGACUGGCUGAAAGAGUUGUAGCUCUCAUUUGCUGUGAAAAACUACACAAAAUUGGUGAACUAGAUGAUCAUUUGAUGCCAGUUGGAAAAGAGACUGUUAAAUAUGAGGAAGAGCUUGAUUUACAUGAUGAAGAAGAAACCAGCGUUCCAGGCCGACCAGGCUCCACAAAACGGAGGCAGUGUUACCCAAAAGCAAUUCCAGAAUGUUUGAGGAAUAGUUAUCCUAAACCUGAUCAGCCCUGUUACUUAUAUGUAAUCGGCAUGGUAUUAACUACUCCUUUACCUGAUGAACUUAACUUUAGGAGACGAAAGCUUUAUCCUCCAGAGGAUACCACAAGAUGCUUUGGAAUACUGACAGCCAAACCUAUACCUCAGAUUCCUCACUUUCCUGUGUAUACACGCUCUGGAGAGGUUACUAUAUCUAUUGAGUUGAAGAAGUCUGGUUUCACUUUGUCCUUACAAAUGCUUGAGCUGAUCACAAGACUUCACCAGUACAUUUUCUCACAUAUUCUUCGGCUUGAAAAACCUGCACUAGAAUUCAAACCCACAGAAGCUGAUUCAGCCUACUGUGUUCUACCUCUUAAUGUUGUUAAUGACUCCAGCACUUUGGACAUUGACUUUAAGUUCAUGGAUGAUAUUGAAAAAUCUGAAGCUCGUAUAGGCAUUCCCAGUACUCAGUAUACAAAAGAAACACCUUUUAUUUUCAAACUAGAAGAUUACCAGGAUGCAGUUAUCAUUCCAAGGUAUCGGAACUUUGAUCAGCCUCAUCGAUUUUAUGUUGCUGAUGUAUAUACUGAUCUUACACCACUCAGUAAAUUCCCAUCCCCUGAAUAUGAAACUUUUGCAGAAUAUUAUAAAACAAAGUACAAUCUUGACCUGACCAAUCUAAACCAGCCACUGCUGGAUGUGGACCAUACAUCUUCAAGACUUAAUCUUUUGACUCCUCGACAUUUAAAUCAGAAGGGGAAAGCCCUUCCACUAAGUAGUGCUGAAAAAAGGAAAGCCAAAUGGGAAAGUCUACAAAAUAAACAGAUAUUGGUUCCAGAGCUCUGUGCAAUUCAUCCAAUUCCAGCAUCAUUAUGGAGAAAAGCAGUUUGUCUCCCUAGCAUACUUUAUCGCCUGCACUGCCUUUUGACAGCAGAGGAACUAAGAGCCCAGACAGCCACUGAUGCUGGUGUAGGGGUCAAAUCACUCCCUGCUGAUUUCAGAUAUCCUAACUUGGACUUUGGAUGGAAAAAAUCUAUUGACAGUAAAUCUUUCAUCUCAAUUCCUAAUUCCUCUUUAGCUGAAAGUGAAAAUUAUUGUAAGCACAGCACAAUUGUAGUCCCUGAAAAUGCUGCACAUCAAGGCGCUAAUAGAACCUCCUCUGUAGAAAAUCAUGACCAGAUGUCUGUGACCUGCAGAUCAUUAUUCAGUGAGUCACCCAGUAAGAUACAAAUUGAAGUUUCCACAGAACUCACAGCAAUUAAUGGUAUUUCAUACAAUAAAAAUCUUGCCAAUGGCAGUUAUGAUUUAGUCAAUAGAGACUUUUGCCAAGGAAAUCAGCUAAAUUACUACAGGCAGGAAAUACCUGUACAACCAACUACCUCAUAUCCCAUUCAGAAUUUAUACAAUAGUGAGAACCAGCCCAAAUCCAACAAUGAAUGUACUCUGCUGAGUAAUAAAUAUCUUGAUGGAAAUGCUAACAAAUCUACCUCAGAUGGAUGCCCCACAAAGGCAGUGACAGCGACCACCAGUACUUCAGAAAUUUCUAUUGCUUCAAAAGGGAGAAUUGAUUCUGAACAAAACCCUUCCAACGGGUACUCCUCAAAAACCCUUGGCCCAAAUCCUGGACUCAUUCUUCAGGCUCUGACCCUUUCUAAUGCUAGUGAUGGAUUUAACUUGGAACGACUUGAAAUGCUUGGUGACUCCUUUUUAAAGCAUGCAAUCACCACAUAUCUGUUUUGCACUUAUCCUGAUGCUCACGAGGGCCGCCUUUCUUAUAUGAGAAGUAAAAAGGUCAGCAACUGUAAUCUCUAUCGCCUUGGGAAAAAGAAAGGUCUGCCCAGUCGCAUGGUAGUGUCAAUUUUUGAUCCCCCUGUAAAUUGGCUUCCUCCUGGUUACAUAGUAAAUCAAGACAAAAGUAACACAGAUAAAUGGGAAAAAGAUGAAAUGACAAAAGACAACAUGUUAGCGAAUGGUAAACUGGAUGAAGAUUAUGAUGAGGAAGAAGAUGAAGACCUUAUGUGGAGGGUUCCAAAGGAGGAAGUAGAUUAUGAAGAUGAUUUUUUGGAGUAUGAUCAGGAACAUAUUAAAUUUAUAGAUAACAUGUUAAUGGGAUCAGGGGCUUUUGUGAAGAAAAUUUCUCUUUCUCCAUUUUCAACCAAUGAUUCAAAUUAUGAAUGGAAAAUGCCCAAAAAAUCAUCCCUAGGUAAUAUGCCAUUUUCAUCUGAUAUUGAUGAUUUUGAUUAUAGCUCUUGGGAUGCAAUGUGCUAUUUGGAUCCUAGCAAAGCUGUUGAAGAGGAUGAUUUUGUAGUAGGGUUCUGGAAUCCAUCAGAAGAAAAUUGUGGCAUUGACACAGGGAAGCAGUCAAUUUCUUAUGACUUGCAUACAGAGCAGUGUAUUGCUGAUAAAAGCAUUGCAGACUGUGUGGAAGCUCUACUGGGCUGCUAUUUAACCAGCUGUGGUGAGAGAGCUGCUCAACUUUUCCUCUGUUCUUUGGGGCUCAAGGUGCUCCCAGUAAUUAAAAGGAGUGAUUGGGAGACCACAUUAUACCCCAGCAAGGAUAAUUUCAACAGUCAGCAAAAGAAUCUUUCAGUGAACUAUGCUUCUAUCUCUGUAGCCAAUUUACAGUCUUCUUUAUAUAAAGACUUAGAAUAUGGCUGUUUGAAGAUUCCACCGAGGUGCAUGUUUGAUCAUCCAGAUGCUGAAAAAACACUGAACCACCUUAUAUCAGGCUUUGAAAAUUUUGAAAAGAAAAUUAACUACAACUUCAAGAAUAAAGCUUACCUUCUCCAGGCAUUUACUCAUGCCUCCUACCACUACAAUACCAUCACUGGAACAUCCUGCUGUGGUUCUGUGCUCUCUUUGGAAUCCAUGGGGUCCUCUGCUUCACCAGAUUGUUAUCAGCGCUUGGAAUUCCUGGGAGAUGCAAUUUUGGACUACCUCAUAACCAAGCACCUUUAUGAAGACCCACGGCAGCACUCCCCAGGAGUUCUAACUGACCUACGAUCUGCUCUUGUCAAUAAUACUAUCUUUGCAUCAUUAGCUGUUAAGUAUGACUACCACAAGUACUUCAAAGCUGUUUCUCCUGAACUAUUCCAUGUUAUUGAUGAUUUUGUGCAGUUUCAGCUUGAGAAGAAUGAAAUGCAAGGAAUGGAUUCUGAGCUUAGACGAUCUGAGGAGGAUGAAGAAAAAGAAGAAGAUAUAGAAGUACCGAAGGCCAUGGGAGAUAUAUUUGAAUCACUUGCUGGUGCCAUUUAUAUGGAUAGUGGAAUGUCAUUGGAAAUGGUUUGGCAAGUCUACUAUCCAAUGAUGCGACCAUUAAUAGAAAAAUUUUCUGCAAACGUGCCCCGUUCUCCUGUGCGGGAAUUGCUUGAAAUGGAACCAGAAACUGCCAAAUUUAGCCCUGCAGAAAGAACCUAUGAUGGGAAGGUCCGAGUAACUGUGGAAGUGGUAGGGAAGGGAAAGUUUAAAGGCGUUGGCCGAAGCUACAGGAUUGCCAAAUCUGCAGCUGCAAGGAGAGCACUACGAAGCCUCAAAGCAAAUCAACCUCAGGUUCCCAACAGCUGAGACCACCACUUGGAAACAAAGUGUAAAACUGAGAGUAAAACACAUUUUUUAAAGAAUUUUAAAGUUGAUGUUGAGAGGAACAAA